UACUUGCCUGAUUCCUGCCUGCCGUAGGUCGCCGCUAUUUGUUAGGAAUAACGUUAUUGCUGAGCAACUGAGACGUAGCAGCACACACUGGGCAGGGCUCUGAAAACCGUUUAUCUGCUGCAUUGGAUCUCUGCAAAAUUGCCUGUGGAGAACAGAAAGGGGAUGACGUAGCGGUGGAGGCUGGAGGAGAGAGAGAGCAGAGAUGAGCCUCACAUCCUGGUUCCUGGUGAGCAGCGGGGGCACGCGUCACCGACUGCCCCGUGAGAUGAUCUUUGUGGGUCGCGAUGACUGCGAGCUCAUGCUACAGUCUCGCAGCGUAGACAAGCAGCACGCAGUGAUCAACUAUGAGUCCACCAGUGAUGAGCACAAAGUAAAGGACCUAGGGAGUCUUAAUGGGACAUUUGUGAAUGAUGUUCGAAUCCAGGAGCAGAUGUACAUCACUCUGAAGAUUGAUGAUAAGCUGAGGUUUGGAUACGAUACCAACUUGUUCACUGUGGUCCGGGGAGAGCUUCAUGUUCCAGAGGAAGCUCUAAAGCAUGAGAAGUUCACCAGCCAGCUCCAGCUGGGAAAAAAGCCCACCUGUGCAGAGCACCCCAAAAUGCCUAAGUCUCCCCCAGCCAGAGCCGCAGAGAGUAAGGCUACAGAGCCCGUCACUGAGCCUCUUUCCAAACCUGCAGAAGCCAGCAAGGCAGAUGAGAAAAUGCCAGGGGACGUAGCAGCUCUGCACAGAGGAACGCCUUUGUAUGGACAGCCAUCCUGGUGGGGCGAUGGUGAUGCUGAUGAUGAGAAUUCGUUCAAGCAAGAAAAUAAAGCAUCUGGGAAAAAACAGGAGACUUCGGGGGCAGACAGCAAGGAGGCCAAGCGGCCGGAGAAAUCCAAGGAGAACGGCGUGGGCUCUGUAGGUUCGGAGCCUAGCUACUUUGAGAUCCCCAGUAAAGACGGGCAAAUGACGGAGAACAACAUCCAUGAGAUCCCGACCAAGGACACUGAGGGCAAUGCAGCCGCAAAGUCUGCUACAGGCAGUGCAACUGCACAGGCCAACACCUCAUUCACCAUUGAGUUUGAUAACACUUCUCCAGGGAAGGUAACCAUUAAGGAUCACGUGUCCCGUCCACGACCUAAGAAGUCUCAGCCGGGAGGCAAAGAGCUCAGCACCCUGCAGGCUGCCAUUAUGGCCUCAGAGAGCAAGGUGGCCGACUGGCUUGCCCAGAAUGACCCUCCUCUGGUGAGACGCGAGUCCACAGAAGAGGACAGCAAGAGCAUUAAGAGUGACGUGCCUGUCCAUCUCAAGAGGUUGAAAGGCAGCAAACAUGACGAUGGCACCCAGAGCGACUCGGAGAAUGGCUUGGGCCUGCGCUUCGGGAGCAGACGCCAUGCAGCCCUGGAAGAGCGCCUGAAGGCAGCUGGACUGGCCCGAGCUAAAGCCAACGGGGCCGAGGGUGCACCGGCCUCCAGCCGCACCGCCUUCAUGAUCGAGUUCUUUGACGAGGAUAACCCACGUAAACGCCGUUCAUACUCCUUCUCACAGACUGCGCCACUUAUUGGGGGUGUGGCAGGGGAGGGGCUCUGCCCGGCUCCACCCUCCCGCCCUAAGGUCAUGUCUGCGGAUGGUAGCAGGACCGUGACUUCAGCGCUGGCGGCAGUGGCCCCCACAGCAGCACGGCUACUACAGAAGCAGAGGUCAGAGGACCCUGGAUUGGUGCGCAGCUCCCUCAGCACAGGGCAACCCAGCCCAGGAGACGAGCCACAGAAGCAGGAUGACGACCAGAGCGACAAAGGCACCUACACCAUUGAGCUGGAAAACCGCAACCCUGAGGAAGAGGAAGCCCGCCGCAUGAUUGAUAAGGUGUUCGGGGUGGAGAACUCUCAGGAAACUGCUUGUCCCAAGCAACAGCAAGGUGUUGGGAAAGCUAAAGAGAGUAAGAAGACCAGCAGCACUACAGCUGAGGGCCUUGUGGACGAGUCUGUUGCUGUUGGCAGCCCGCGAUGGGUUUCCCAGUGGGCCAGUUUAGCUGCUAAUCACACUAGAACUGAUCCUGAGGGUUCUGGGGCAGAACCCACAGCCUUCAUCCAUCAUGAGCGAGACGCCGAUGCUUUGGACCCUUUAGCAUCCAUAAAGAGUACCAGCUCUGCCACCUCCAGCCAGUGUGAACGGAAGAGGAGGACACUGCCUCAGCUCCCAACUGAGGAGAAGAGCAAGCAAGGCAAGGCCUCCUCUGCCCUUGGGCUACGCUCAGAGAUUGGCGAGAAGCAGGACACGGAGCCCCAGGAGAAAGAGCGCCACAGUGAACACAAAGGGGACGGCGAAUGUGCCCCCUCCACACAGGACACUGUGAGCGGAAAGACCCAGCAGAGUGGGACAGGUGUGAUGCAGACGUCCUCCUCCAAGCCUCCCACACGUUCUGCAGAGAAGCAAAGUGAGGAGGGACGUAGGAGGCGCACUGAGGACAAGAGCAAAGGGAGUGAUGGGGAAAGGACUGGGAAGCCCCUGGUGCGGCAGGGCAGUUUCACUAUUGAGAAGCCAAGUGGGAACGUUCCCAUUGAACUCAUUCCGCGCAUUAACCGUCAGGUAGGGGGCCGAGAGCGCAGCGACUCAGCCGGCAGCAUGGACACAGCUACCCUGCUGAAGGACACAGAGGCUGUCAUGGCCUUUCUGGAGGCCAAGCUCCGUGAUGAAAAGAAGCUGGAUUCCGCAGUGCCCCCUAGCCAAUCUCAGGGGCGCUCCAUUUCCCCAGAGUCAGAUGUGGAUACGACUAGCGCGGUCAGCGAGGCUGAGCGAAAGGGUGUGCAGAAGCGCCGCUCUCUCAGCAGCCUGCACAAAGAGAAGAGCAACCUGAGCUCUGCUGGCAAGAGUGCUGCGAGCGCACGAGAGCGUUUAGAGAGGAAGGCCAAGACCAAGGUUCCAGACAGCCGUCCAGACACCCGCCGCACCACCCAGACGAUCCCACGUGGCCGUCAGCCCUCACUAGACCUGACGGAUGAUGAGCAGACAUCUUCAUUGCCCAUCUCUGAUGUGCUCUCCUCUGACCAGGAGACCUAUUCCAGCCGAUCCCAUGGCCGCGGUACCUUCACCUCUACUGACGACCUGCUGCAGUCCAAGCUGGACUCCUCCAAAGCUGCCAAAAGCAAGACCAGUAGGACGGCCCAGCCCAGUGCACCUGCUGUAGGGAAACAGCAGGCAGGGCUUCCUCAGCCCCGGCCCACCAGAGCCUCCCUGCUGCGACGUGCUCGGCUAGGGGACACAUCGGACACUGACCUCGCAGAUGCCGACAGGGUGUCGGUGGCCUCUGAGGUGUCCACCACCAGCUCCACCUCCAAGCCCCCGUCAGGCAGGAAAGCCCCAUCCCGCAUCGACAUGCUGGCCCAGCCCAGACGCACAAGACUGGGCUCCAUCUCAGCACGCAGCGACUCAGAGGCCACAGUUAGCCGCAGUGCAGCAUCACGGGUGUCAGCUGAGACAGCUCUGCGGCUGGGCCUGCGCGCCACCAAUCCAGCAGACAGUAAGCUGAGCCCACGCCUGCGAGCCAAUAGUGUCUCUAAGCUCGCAGACACCAAGACCAAAAUCACACCUCCUGUCUCCGGACCUCCAGCAGAGAACUUUUAUGCAGAGAUGCCUCAACCAGAACCUGAAGAUGGCCUAGCAGACGAGGAGCCCAUGGCUGCUAACAGGUGGAGACGCGUGCCUCCAGAAUACGCCUCCACCUCGGAGGACGAGUUCGGCUCCAACCGGAACUCCCCCAAGCAUGGGCGUCUGCGGCCGGGCACCACUCUGCGCACCAGCAGACUGAGCAGUACGCUCACUGCCACACCAACAGCCAGCCCCGGUGGCAUCGCUCUUAAGCACAGGAUGAGGGAACAGGAGGAGUACAUCCGGGAUUGGACAGCUCACAGCGAGGAGAUUGCCAGGUUAUUUCCCUGUGUGCGCAGGAUCAGCCAGGACCUGGCCAAGGACCUGGCCAUCCUUGCACGAGAGAUCCAUGACGUGGCCGGCGAGAUCGACUCAGUCAGUUCUUCCGGCACGGCGCCAAGCACCACGGUCAGCACAGCAGCCACAACGCCUGGAUCAGCUAUCGACACCAGGGAGGAGCUGGUGGAUCGAGUCUUUGAUGAAAGUCUGAAUUUUCGGAAGAUCCCCCCUGUGGUGCAGACAAAGGCUCCUGAAAUAAACGGGCGAGGAGUGGAACUGCGACCUCGGGCCCCCAAUAGCUUGGACCCCCAGGCUGCACUGCGCAGACGCACAUGGAAUCGAGACGAGGUUAGGCCGGCGGUGUUAGACAGUUUGCUGUUGACAUCAGUCUCUCAGCUGUCCUCCAAAAUCCGCCAAUCUGUGGAUAAAACAGCAGGCAAAAUCAGGAUAUUGUUCAAAGACAAGGACAGGAACUGGGAUGACAUUGAGAGCAAACUUAGUUCAGAGACUGACAUACCACUUCUCAAAACCACUAACAAGGAAAUAUCGUCAAUUCUGACAGAGCUGAAAAGGGUGGAAAAGCAGCUUCAAGUCAUAAAUAUCAUGGUGGAUCCUGACGGAACCCUAGAUGCUCUCACCAGUCUGGGCUUGGCCAGCCCCACCACAUCCAAACCCAAGAGCAGCCCAUGGGAGCCUCAGCCUGGCAACGGAGCCUCAAAACCCAUCUCCACCAUCUCACCCAGCCGAGAGCUACCCAGCCUAGGGCUCGACCUCAGCCACACCCAGCCCAGCGCAGGGGGCAGUGUCAUUACCAACAAAUAAACUGAGAUGAACUUCCUAAUACAUGACUAUCCAUAAAAGAAUGAACCUUAGCUUGUACAUACUUUAUGUAUUCCUCCCUCUGUGCCCUCCAAGAUUGCUACGUGGGAAAAGUCCAUUUUCCCCCCUCAAGUGCACCAGUGAAGGUCACACCUGUGGAUCUGGACCUUGACAUGCAGCGCAGCUAAACAGACGCAGCUGCUAAUGCCAACAGGUGAGAGGCCACUGAGCUGCCCCUACAUAUCAUCAUUGGUGUCAGAGCCAGCUGUGUGUGCUGCAAGUGUGAAUGCUCCCAUCCAAGCAUACCACAGGUGGACUUUGUUGUGAACUCUUUCAAUUGCAACUCCAGUGCCUGUCUGCUCUGCCCUGUAAGCAAACCCUUCUACUAAUUCUAGAUCUUAUAUUGAUGAUCAAAUUGAUUUCUGCUUUAGAAAUUGUAUGUUGUGUUUGAUGAGAGGGAGCGUUCUCAACGUACUGUAUGUACUGAGUCUGGUGUCUGUGUAAGGUUGGUCUUGUCAGAUUAAUAGCCCUUAAGACCAAAGACUAAGACCAAGACUCUGCAAUGAGACAGGUGAAUGGUUUUCCGGGAGAUUUAAUGGACAAUUACAUCAGCAGGAAAAUGGAGAGGUAUACAACGCUGUAUAAAAGUCAGAGACCACUCUUCGCUUAUUGAAUUUUUAGUAAAAAAACGCCCUUUAAGUACAAGUUAUUCAUUUUCAGUACUGUGAAAAAAGCAUUACACAUAUACAGGGUGAUUCAAAAAGUUAUCACUUUUAACAUGAUUUAUUUCACUUGUAAAUCAAUACAGAACAAUGCAGUAAACUGCAAAUCGUUGAAGUCAGCAUAAAGUUUAUAGGUAGAUAUAAUGAUGUAGUUUGUUUAAUAUGGACCUGCUCCAGCUGUACAAACAACAUCAAUGUCAUCCUAUGUUCUAUAGAGCAUGUCAGGUGUUACUGUGUGUACGGCUCUUUUCGGAGAUCAUCCAGUGUUGUGGAACCAACGGCGAACGCUCUGAACUGUUGGAGGUUCACUAUCGGCGAAAAUCACGCUGCACAGUUAUGACGGGUUCAGUCUUAUUGAAGUGGAGAACGCAGAACGCUUUGUGCUCAGAGGGUGCAUUUCUUCGCAGACUGAAGGGAGCCAUCUUCCAGUGACAGUCAGAAACUCUGUGACCCCCUCUUUCAAGUGGUAUGUAAUUGGUUUCUAGGCGCCUCAUGGUUGUAAAAAUAUGUCACUUUGAAAUCAGAUGAAUCUUUCUUGGCUCUUUCCAUUCUUUUUAGAAGACUUAAAAUACUUUCAAAUUUCCAUUAAAUCUGCUGGGAUAUUUUUCAACAUCUCCAAAGUUCAGUCUUAGAAGUUGGUUGCAUUUUCUAUUCUCACAAUCCAAGUAAUCCCAAACACUUCAGUAAUUAUGAGGUCUGGCCUCUGGAUUUUCUCCAUCUCUCAUCAGAUAAACCUAUUCAUCUGAUGGUUGGUUUUAGUGGGUCUUGCAUGGCUGUUAAGAGUCCAACUUUUGCUGUAUCUUUUAAUCGCCUUUUGAACAGUCCUGUAUUCUCACGUAUUUGCCAUUGACUUUCUCCUUUCUUAUAAAGUGAAUUAUUAUUAUUUAUGUAAUCUCCUCAAUAUCUUUAAAAAAACGAAUAACUACUGAAUGGCUGGAAAUUUAAUAAACAAAGGAUGGUCUCUGACUUUAGUACAGUAAGUAGUACAGCAAACAAGAAGUACAAUUUCGACAAUAGAUGUUAAGCGUGAACCAGUUUACCAAAGGAAGUACAACACUAUGCGCACGUUGAGCAAGUUUAAAUUAUAUCUAAUGCACUUCCUUGAGGAUUAUAGAUGCCAUUUUCUUGAUUACACAAAGUGCAUUGUAUGCUAUUAAAAUGAGCAUACAUCAACUCAGUGAUCUUAGCCAUUUGUUUAUAGCCAAGAAAGAGAAUGAUCCAUGAAGAUCCACUUAAUCUUCAUUCACUGAACAUUUUUUAACCUUUUGGACUAAGGAAUAGGUACAGUUGUUGAAUACAGGGCUGUCAAAAUAGCUCCUCUUACAAUGAAAUCUGCAUCACACAAAGCUCAUAUCAUAAUUUAGCUUUAUCAUAUUAGAAGGUAUUGAAAGAAGAUACAGUAUUAGACAAGGCAUUAGUGAAAUGUUCUGUGGCUGUGUUACUAAGCAUCUCUCAUUCACUAAAAUCUUCUCUGGUUGUGCUGACAUUUACCUGAGCCUUAUAACGAGCAGGCUUUAAUGUUAUUGCUUGCCUACACUUUGAGAAAGUUGCAGUCAGUCAGAUAUAAAUGAAGCUUUUUAACAGCAAAAAGUCUCAAUUCACUAACUCAAUAUUUUCUCUGUAAUCAGAGAAUUGUGACUUUAUGUGCGCUUAGGGGUAAGUAGACACCCCGUAAUAAUUGUUGGGCAUUUUGUUAACAUUUUCACAGCACUCAAACUCAAAAGUUCAUCUUUUUUCGUGGAAGAAGGUGUUCCAGCAUAAAGUGUGUGUGUACUGUAUUAUCUUGAUCCCUUUUCCUCUUGCUGCUUGGCUGUACUUAUGUUAAUGGGGAGGGUGGGGGGUGUAGCCGAACCACUUACCUGGCCUUUCUUUGUGAACCUGUGUGUCGUAGAGAGAGUAUGAGUUCAAGCUAGUGCAUCUGUAAUUAGAACCGAACCGAUAGUGAAGAUAGGUACAGGACGAAACACUUAGUUUUUUUGUUUUUGUUUUUAAAUGUUAGGUAAAUGUAUGUUGUCACCAAGUGCCCGGUAAUGGAAAAUGUAGUUCUUGGGCCUUUUAGGAAUGGAAAUCAUAAUGUAGCGUGCUGAUGUUUCAUUUUGCACAUCCUGGACUGAUGUAGGUAAUAAUGUUACAUGUGUAAAAGCCCAUGCAGGGUACAAAAGGACAUAAUACCAAAACCAUAACAGUACAUCCUACUGUUCUCUCAUUACAGGAUGCAUUUACAGUGGGGCGAUGCCCACACACUAAAAGAGCCCCAUCGUUUAGUUUGAACACUGAACGUUUCACACAACAAACGUGUUUGGUACAGUUUUUAUGUUUGGGGUUUUUUUCGUCCUUCUUUCGGUUGCUGAUGUUUGUGUAUCAUAUUUUUUUUAUUUUGUCAUUUUUGAUAAAUACUUUUAUUUAUUUUUUUGCUUAUUUUUGUUUAAUGCAUUGAACUGUUGCAUCACAUUUUUGUCUUCUUUUUUAUUGGAAUUUUUUUGCGUACUCUCAAUAAAGGAGGAAAUAUUUCUGGACCUUUA